GUCAAACACUGAACAACAAAAAUAAAGGAAAAAGAGAAAAAGCAAAGGACUGGGAAGGGAAGGGAAGGGAAGGGAAGAAAAGUCAAGCAACAUUCCUCCUGUUUCACCACCUUCACCUUCCUCAUCUUCCCGUCUUCACCGCAAUCAAUCCAUUCCAAAAUCCCAUUCUGGUUCUUUCGCUUUGAAUUGUUUCUUUCCUUUUCUUGUUUUUUUUUUCCAAUACAAAUAGAAGAGAAAGCAAACCAGCAAAUGCCAGCACAGAAGCGUUCUUCCGAAGCCGCCAUCACCGCCACCUCACCAGAAGACGACGAUCCUCUGCUUCUCGACGACAGGAACAACCAUGAACAACACCAGCAAGAAACCGAAGAUGCUGCUGAUGGUUUUACAGAAUCUGAUCGCAGCCCUUCUCCUUGUAACGAAGAAGAACAAGAGUAUAUUCUAGUAAAAUCGGCUGACAUACGCAAAGAAGUACAAUGCCCAAUCUGCCUAGGGAUCAUUCGCAAAACAAGAACUGUAAUGGAAUGCUUACAUCGCUUCUGUAGAGAAUGUAUUGACAAAUCUAUGAGAAUGGGGAACAAUGAGUGCCCUGCUUGCCGCACACAUUGUGCUAGUCGCCGGUCUCUAAGAGAUGAUCCUAACUACGAUGCCCUAAUUGCAGCCUUAUAUCCGGAUAUUGACAAAUAUGAGGAAGAGGAAUUGGCUUUCCAUGAGGAGGAGAAAGCUCGGAAUAAGCAGAUCCAAGCUUCCAUUGCCCAGACUUUGCGCCGGCAAUCAGAAGUUGUUGGUAAGAAACGAACGGUUAGAGCCACUGCAUCUGCAAUUGUAAGGAGAUCACAAAGUCGCCAUCACGGGGGGAGAAAACAUCGAACUUCUGAACCUCAAGAGUCUGAUGACAAUGAAAAUGCUAAUGGAGAUGGAAGCAGAGAUUCAACUUCUGCCGAUGAGCAUCAUACUGAGGUCAAACCAAAGAGAUCAAAGAGAUGGGGUGGUCGGUUUUCUCAUCCAUCUUCAGCUGCUAGUGCAGAUGGGGUUGGUGACGAAACUGACUCGGAAGUGAAUAGAGAAUCCUUGGGUGUAUCUGCACCACUUGUCUGGCCCUCAGAAAGGCUUCACUGGGGAGCAGGCGGCAUGCGCAGUCACACACGACAUGGCAGUUUGAAUGGUGGAAAUGGAAAGAAUGUCCGAAACAGCCGCCUCUCUAAGUUGGUGGAUUGUCUCCGGAACCUAAAGGAGAAGGAUGAUGAGCUCGAUAUCCACCUGAUGCUUGUUUCAGUUGAUGAACAAAGAAUUCCCAGUUUACAGCAGCCUUACCUUUGCUGCAGGCCUACUUUGUUGGUUAGGCAAUUGUGCCAGUAUGUAGCUCUGCAAACUGCUUUGCAAGCCAGGGAAAUUGAAAUCUACCUGGUAAAAGGGUCCUACUCUAUGGCCAACAUGUCAACCUUUGUUAUGACCAAGCCCGGAUUAGUUGAUUCAGUCAGAGAUAGCUUGCAAGUUUUAAAAGAGGAAGAAACAUUGGCAGGACUUGGUAGGCAAAGAUCCAGUCAUGGCCAUUUGCUUCUGGCAUAUCAGAAAAAGUAGGAGAAAUCCAAAUUGAUAAAGACGAAAUUUACUACCGGCUUUGUCGACAAGCACAAGAUGUUGCACAUUGCUCUUCCGAAGUAUAUACUUUAUAUACAUUAUUACAUUACAGAACAUAUGAAAUCUGAAAUAGAUUUGGUUUUGACAGUUACCUUGGGCUUAGAGUAGUUUAUCUCCUUCAAACUAAGGAUUAGAAUUGCUAUCGUUAUAUGUUAUGCUAGUCUUGCUAGAUUUCAUUGAACAUCUGCUCACGCAUAAAUUUAACACAAUGCUGUGGGAUAUGUAUAUGUUCUUCUUCAAAUAACAGAAAUUCCACAUACUUUAACCC